AUGGUCGUGGCAAGGAGAUCAUCGGUACAGAGGCGCAAUAACAGAACUCGCUGUUGGGUCAUCAGUCUACUGACGCUCGCCCUCAUUGUUGCCGUCGGACUUGGCGUUGGCUUGGGCGUUGGUCUGACGAGAAACAAGAAUUCUUCGACGCAGUCUAUCAGCUCGGCCAACGAUGCCUCUGGCGGAUCAUCAAGUUCAUCCUCAGGCACCAGAACCUCGAGCUCGGGAUCAUCCUCUUCGUCCAGUGCUAGCUCGUCUGCAGCAUCUGCUUCCGCCACACCUGCACAUGUCGACGGUCAGCUCAACAUUACGGUGCCUGACUUGGCACGAUGGGACUGGCUCUCGCCGACGAACAAGAUGCUUGGCGUUGCGCUUGGCAAUUGGCUCGUAAUGGAGAGAUGGAUGAAUGAGCAAGCUUUCGUCAAUACGUUCGGUGCCAAUGCUUGGGACGAAUGGGAUGCCUCCCAAGUCUCCAAUGCGUCUGCUAUCUUCCUUGAGCACUGGAACACUUGGGUCACCGAAGACGAUAUCGAGACGCUGAGCCAGAACGGUAUCAACACUGUCCGCAUUCCGGUUGGAUUCUGGGCUUUGAUUCCUACCGUUGCUGGCGAGCCUUACCUGUCCAUGGCAGGCCAGCUUGAUCAGAUCAACCGCAUUCUCGGAUAUCUAUACGCACGCAAGAUGUACGCCAUCAUUGACUUGCACGGCAUGCCAGGCGCACAAACUACAGAUCAGUACUCUGGCCACAACAACACCAAUCCAACCUUCUGGCACCCAGACGAGCAGAUCCGAGGCGAUCAGACCGUUGCUGCUGCUCAGGCAUUCAUCAUCAACAACCCCUACCGAAGCAUCAUCUCCGCUCUAGCAGUCUGCAAUGAACCGAGACCCUAUUCACAAGCCAACUUCGAGAUUCUCAAGGGCUUUUACGAAAGAUCCUAUGCGACGCUUUCUACUGGUUCUUACCCUAUUCCUAUGCAAUUCCACCAUGGUUUCGUUGAUACCGAGAAUCACUUGGUCUAUUGGCAGCCAUUCGUCAACGGCAAAGAUCCCUCACUGUUGAUGCUCGAAGACCACCCAUAUCCUGGCAACUUCCCGUUGCAGAAUGAUACGACAGACAUCAUCGCGCAGGUCUGCAAUGACGCAAAGGGCUACGUUGGCUACCCCGUCCCAGUCGCUGUGACCGAAUGGUCACUCACCAGCGGGGUCACGACCAGCUCCUUCGAGACUCAAUUCUACGAGGCGCAAGCCAGCGCGUGGGCUUGGUCGGGCGGGUCGGUCUUCUGGUCGUUGCGCACGGUAUCGCCACAACUCGAUGGUACAGACAUCAGCCAAUACAGCUUCCUCACCAUGCUCGCAAAUGGUGCGAUACCCGCUGUCAAUGGACAGUCGACGCAAGCGUACAUAGCGUCUUUCAACGCACCUUGUGGUGCUGAUCCCAACGAAGCUUGGUCGUUGGCCGGCAAUCAGAACGCAACGGCAGCUGCGAUUGCGGCGGCCGACCCAGGUUUGACGACCGAUGCACCCGUUGUGUCUGCAUCUGCCGCUGCCAAGAAGCGUCGCAGCUUCAGCUAG